AUGGAGGAUGGUUGCAUGGAUUGCCGGCGCAGAGAGGAAGAUAUAUACUGGUCUCAUUUCCAAACAGUCCAAUUCUGUCAGAUUCUUUCUGGGCAUUUUGAUCAGCAGCUUCUGACAUCUCUUAGAAGGGCAGUAACUGAAGAGGAAAAGGAGAAGGCGAAAGAAAAGGCGAAGGCACAUGCAGCAUCAUUGGAAAACAGUUUUAUUUUAGUUAUGCGACAGACACAUGUCUACAAAGGAUUCUUCAUGUGUGUCCCUUCUGAAUGGUCUAGGGUACAUCUCCCUCAGAAAACUCAACAGGUUGUUCUCCGCCUUAAUGAGAAAUCAUGGAAGGCCAAAUAUCAUAGGACAGGUUUUGGUGGCAGACUGAUAAGUGGUUGGAAGAAUUUCGUUCUCGACAAUUUCUUAGAAGAAUUUGACGUGUGCUUGUUCCAUCUAGCCAGUAGAAUAAAUGACUGCGUCAUUCUAGACGUAAGUAUUUUCCGAGUCGUAGAGGAGGUGAUUCCACCGUCACGUGUUCCUCGGGCACCUCAAGGUCGUGGUAUGCGUGGGAGGCCGACCAAGACUCUGAGGAACAAGGAGAAAGAAGCUGAUGAUGAAUGA